GUGUCCAAGGUCACCGAGACGCAGACCAUGCGCGACUGCACCCGCCCCGGCCAGCUGUACUCCAUCGAUGCGACCAGCGUCAAUGCGGAUAUUCCCUAUGCGGACUCCUUCAUGGUCGCCAUGCACCUGUGCCUGCGCGGCACCCCCGAGGGGCAUACCAAGAUCCUGGUCCUGGCCCAAGUCAAGAUAGUCAAGCCUGUGUGGGCGGUGGUCCAGUCGUUCAUCGAAAAGCACACCAACACCGGAGUCGAUUAGUUCUUUCAGUUCCUCUACAGUGCGCU